AUGAUUAUUUUUCAAAGCCGGUUGGAGAGGUGAUUCGUGAAUCGUGACCGUUAUUGAAGAAGCAUUCUAUUCCCGUGGCCUGGAAAACAACAACAAGAAAAAAUAUCAUGAAAGGGCAAUUUUCCAUUUUUUUUUAUACUAAAAAAAAUGUUGAUUAAUUUAUUUAUAUUUUUUUCUAUUAAUUAAGGUGUGAUUACAUGAAACCUGGACCAACCUGGACAAAAAUAAACCCUACAUAGUUUUUUUUUCUUUUUUUAUUCUAUUUAUUUUUGGUCAAUAAAAUUAAUUUGCAUUAAUUAAAUUAAUAGUUAAUUAAUGACAGAUUGUUUUUGAUAUUUAUUUAUAUUUAUUUUUAAUAUUAUUGUUAUUAUUUAUGGGCAAUAAUAAUGUGUAAAUUGACCGUAUUGUUGUGAGGGCGCUAGUCUGUUGAAAAUGCACCUUAAUAUUUUAACAAUUUGAUUCAAUUUUUGCAUUACAAACGGCUUGUGUUAUUAUCACAAUGGCAUGUCGUUUAUUUAGAUUAUUAAAAAAUGAUAUACCAAGUGGAAGUGUUUAUCAGAUUCGACAUGGUCACUGGCUACGUGGUAAACCACCAGGAGAAGCCAGGACUAUUAAACAAAGACUAGAUGAAUUAAAUGCUCAAGAUCCAGAAAUUGCAUUUAAAGUUGAUAUAGGAUUUAAAGUACCACAAUUAUCAAGAAAAGAAGCAACAACAAUUUACCAUGAUCAUAUUGUUAAAAUUAAAAAUGAUCCAGAAAUUGAAAGAAAAGCUAGAAAUAAAGAAUUAUGGAUUGAUUCAAAAGAAUUAAAAAAAGAUUGGCAACAAACAUCUGGACCAAAUCAUAUUAAACAAAUUGCUGAUCAUUAUGGUGUCUAUGAUGAUUUAUUUGGUGAUGCAUAUUUUUAUCCAACAGUACCAUUAGAUAUUCAUUAUGACAUUGAUGAUGAUAAAAUUGGUGUUGUUUAUCGUGGUAAUUUUUUAAAACCAAAUGAAACUAAAAAUGAACCAACAAUAACAUGGGAAUCAAAUAACAAAGAUGAUUUAUGGACACUUUUAUUAACAACACCUGAUGGAAAUUUUACUGAUAAGGAACUUGAGUAUUGUCAUUGGUUCAUUGGUAAUAUUCCAGGCAAUGAUUUAUCAAAAGGUGAUUUAUUAAUGCCCUACAUGAGACCAAUUCCACCACAUGGUAUUGGAUAUUGUCGUUAUAUAUUUGUUUUAUACAAACAAAAUAAAAAAAUUGAUUUUAAUGAGUAUAAAAUGGAUGCACCAUGUUUAAAACUUGAAAAUAGAAAUUGGAGUACUAAAGAUUUUUAUAAAAAAUAUGAAGAUAUUGUUACACCAGCUGGAUUAUCAUUUUAUCAAGCUGAUUGGGAUGAAUCACUUAAAGAUUUUUAUUACAAUCAAUUACAAAUGAAAAUGCCAAUGUAUGAGUAUGAUUUUCCAGCACCUUAUAUACGUCCACAAGAAUGGUUUCCAAAAGGAAGACCAUUUAAUAUUUAUUUAGAUAAAUAUCGUGAUCCAAGAGAUGUCAAUAAAGAUUAUUUAUUGAAAAAAUUAAAAGAAGUACAUCCAUUUAGACCACCAAAACCACCAUUAAAAUAUCCAGCUGCUCAUGCAUAUCCCAAGGACAUGCCAUCUUGGUUGAAAACACGAGAAACUAAGGAUCGUAACAAUUGGGGACGUAUCAAUGAAAUUAAAUAGGUAAAAAAUUAAUAUAACUUUUUGACAAAAACAAAAAAUAUAUUAUCCAUUAAAAAAACAAAAAAUAUUAUAGUUUUUUUUUCAUUUAUUCAAUUUUAUUUAAUGAAGUCUUGAAUUUGUUUCAACAAUUUGUUUACUACGAUUUUUAAUAGACACUCUUGUUUGAACUGUCGUGUCAAUUAUUUCAUGCUCAACAUGAAUUCCUAAAAAAGUAAAAAAAAAAUAUUAAUUUAUAAAUUUUAAAAG